GUUUUCGGAUCUCGUGGCCCGUCAGUGCAGCGCUCAGUUCAUCGCGAAUCUUCACAAAUCAAAAGAUCGAAUCAUUAAAUCACUGAUCGAUAUUACAGCAGUAAUGCGUGCGCAUCAGUGUGUUAGUGUACUUUAAACACAUCUGCAGUUUCAUUUAGUGUGUGUCAUUUGGGUCACGUGAUGGCGUCGGGUUCGGAGGCGGUCCACUACAUCCACCUUCAUAACUCCAGUCAGUCGGUGCUGGAAGCGUUGAGAUCUCAGCGACGCAAAGGUCUGUUCUGUGACGUCACCGUACGCAUCCAUGACGCGUCGCUGCGGGCGCAUGCCUGCGUGUUGGCGGCGGGCAGCCCGUUCUUCCAGGACAAGCUGCUGCUGGGUCACUCGGAGAUCUCGGUUCCGCCGCUGGUUCCGGCUGAGACGGUGAAGCAGCUGGUGGACUUCAUGUACAGCGGCUCGCUGGUGGUGCUGCACUCGCAGGCGCUCUGCAUCCUCACAGCCGCAUCCAUCCUGCAGAUCAAGACCGUCAUCGACGAGUGCACGCAGAUCAUCUCGCAACGACGCGCAGCUGCUGCUGCCGCCGGAGGGGUGGGGCCUCUGGGGGGCGCUCUGCCCAAGCAGGAGGAGGGUUGCGACGGGAAAGAGCAUGAGAGUGCGCCGCUGCAGGGCUUUGUUUACGGCAUGCCGGGUGAUUGCGCAUCUGCGGCGGAAAUGGCGGCCGCACUAAGCGGUGGGGCACAGGGGGAGGGUGGGGGCGUGGGCCCGCUGAUGCCCCUCCCCGAGUUAGGCGGGGCUGGGCUGUGUCAAGGGGAGGGUAUGGGUGUGGCAGGGGGUGGGGCCAUGCUGAAGCCGACCAGCUGUGCGCAGGAAAUCAACUACAUGUUGAAUCCGAGCUCGGAACGCAGUGCAAAUGUCGCCGCCGCAAACGAGCGAGCUCAGAUCGCCUCUCCCCCCGGGAUGGCCCGCGGCGGGGGGGUGGAGUACAGCGGCAGGGGGGAGGAGCUCGUGGGGGGCGUGGACAGAUUCAGUGAAGAGGACGAGCGAGAGGGAGAGAGAGAGACAGACAGAGAGAGAGCUGCAGCGCACACACGCAAACAGAGACAACCGCUCAGACUUCAGGUGUUGGGGGGGGAGGAGGUGGUGGUGAAGAAUGAGGGUGUGCAGGAAGGGGAGAGGCUGUUUGAGAUGGACGAGAGAGGGAACGCAUCACACCAGCACACCUACGGACAGGGCGGGUUUUAUGAGGAGUCCGGUGUGUUCUCUAGUGGUUUUUGGUCUCAGGCAGAUCCGCAGGCGUCUCUGGGUUCAAACUCUCGCGGUCGAGUCAACAAACCGCUCUCGCCCCCGCCGACAACACAGAGCCUCAGCAACCAGAUGCUUUUCCAGUUUCCUGCCAGCGAAUCACAGCCCUCCUUCUAUGUGGGCGGGCCAAUGGUGAUUGACAACAUGUCUGAUUCGUGUCAGCAGGCCCCGCCCCCUGCCCCGCUGACCCCAGCUCCACCCCCCUCCACCCCAGCAUGCGUUGCGGGUCCGAGUUUUGCCCCGCAGGCAUCCGAGUCGUUCGACUGCAGCCACUGCGGAAAAUCACUGCGCUCGCGCAAGAACUACAGCAAACACAUGUUCAUCCACUCCGGUCAGAAGCCGCAUCAGUGCAGCAUCUGCUGGCGCUCGUUCUCUCUGCGCGACUAUCUGCUCAAGCACAUGGUGGUGCACACGGGCGUGCGAGCGUUUCAGUGCUCCGUCUGCAGCAAACGCUUCACGCAGAAGAGCUCGCUCAACGUGCACAUGCGCACACACCGCGUGGAGCGCACCUUCACCUGUGGCGUUUGUCACCGCGCGUUCACACACCGCACGCUGCUCGAGAGACACGUCCUCCAACACCAACACCCCACGCCCACCAUCAAACCGCCCACCAAUCACAUGGAGCCGGGCAAUGGCGGGAUGGGUGGAGCCAGUGGACCGGGUCCCGCCUCUUAGAGGAUGAAUGGGUCUGAAUCCCAGGAGCUUUAACACACACCCGCAGUAACUGCAGCAGCGGCCUGUGGCGCCUCUUAAAGCCAGAAAACCUCAUAAAACACACAAACCUCAUUGAGCGAUUCACACUAAACACAAACCACACAGUCUGCUGCGUCUGACGCCAGAGACUUUAACGUCUUUUUAAUGUUUUACUCCGUUUAUUCAGAUUUUGUUUUGUGUGAUUUAGUUUUUUCCGUUUUCAAGGACUCAUCAGACGGACCUCAGGACCAGACGAGUGCGUUUAUUACCUCCAUUUUUAUUUCAACAUCAACCUCCAUUUGUACAUUUUUUAUCAAGCAUAUGCAUAAAUCGAUGAUAUUUUUAAAGUGAAACGAUACGUAAGAGUUUUAUGUUUUGCUUAAUGCUGUGUGUUUGUGGGAGUUUCUCUUCAUUAUGGGCUGAAAUAUUGUAUUCUGCUUUGGUUUCUAUACCCGGCAUGCGCUCGCUUUACGCUGCAUGAAGACGCAUUAAAUGCAUUGUGAUAUUCACAACGUGUUGUCGUGUUUAUUUAUUUGUGCACAAGACUAGAUUAUUCAAAUUAAAUACUGCAGCAUGUUUAUAUAAAUAUGAAUAAAUAUGACAGAGGUCAUCACCUCUGACAGUGCUGCUGAAUAAUUUAUAAAGUACUCAAAUAUAGUGAAAAUAAGGGGGAAAAAUGAAGUUGCUGUUGAAGACUAGAGAUGUACAGUAUUUAUUAAAUCUGUAUGAUAAUAAUGAGUUGAAUAGAUGGUGCUGUAAAUAAAUAUCGGAUGAGUUUCUGAAGACACAAAUGAUAUUUGACAUAGUUUAUGAAAAAGCUAAAUUCUUUGUGCUUGAUUUUUUUGGUGUAAACUGUAAUAUGGGGAACAUACAGUAAAAGUCACUGUCAUAAUAUAAUUGACCAGAAAUGGAAUAUUAAGAUGAGCUUCUUCCCACAUUUGCAGAAUGCCGUAUACAACAGACUUCUGCUCACACAGUUUAAAAGUUAACAUUCCUUUCGGUUUUCCCGUGAGGGUGCACAUCCGGUGCUGAAUCAGCUGAUCAGCGGGAGAGUGAGAUUAAGGGGAGCCGGAGACACCAGCUAGAGAGAGAGAGAGAGACGCACACGGCUGUGUUCAUGUUUGUUUUAUGUUGUGUUUAGUUGAGUUAUAUCAUUAAACUUUAUGUUUACUGUUCAGCCGGUUCCCGCCUCCUCCUUGCCCAUCCUUUUACCU